UGUGUGCACGCGGUUCAAUCCGUUCAAUCGUCCCGCCGGUCGUUUGUUCAGCUAAAAUAAUACUCCGUCCGCCUAACCGGGUUCCGGGUGUUGUAAAUCAAUUUUAUUACUGUUAACUCUUAUUUAUUUUUUUUUUCUUCAAAUUUUUCUUGAUUUAUAUUGUUUCGUCAAUUUAUCUCGAUUGGUGCUAAUUUUCGUCUUUUCCGUCUCCACGCGUACACGGUGUGUUCUCGGGUUUUUGUGCCUUUUCGAAUUCGCUUUGAUCUUUUCGCCAAUCUCCGCAGAACCGCUUCCAAGAACAGCUACACCCCUAACCGCACUGUUGUUGGAUAACGUCUUUCCGCCGUCACUUUCGGCACGGAUUUAUACUGUUACCGGUGAAAAAUAAUAUUAUGUAUUCCAAAGAAAAAUGGAAACACAUGUCGAUUCACAGACAAUGAAGAUUACAAACGGAGCGUCAUUAAAUACAUUUAAACCGCCUGGAUCCGGGACAAGUUCACCGUCAUACUGGCUUUCGUGAAGCCCGCCCCGCCCGGUCCGCCCCUGUCCACGUCCAGUCUGAUCUCGGAUCCCCGCCGAACGUCUUCCGCCGUCGGAAUGCCUUUCAUGGACGACGUGCUCCUCUGGUGUCCAGAGGCCGAGACCAAAAUCGAAGACUUCACCGAAUGUCUGGGCAACGAAGUGUCCGGUCUGGGAGAACUGCUCCAGUCUGACAUAUCCACCGAACUGGACCGCGCCCUGGACAGUCAUGGGCCAGGAGGUCACAACGGCAACGUGGUAGGAACCGGCGGCGGCGACGACGACAUCAUCAAACAACUGUCCGACUCGUCGGCGUUCCUGGAACAGUUCUUCGAUUUCGUCAAUUCCGACAUUAAGGAGGAGAACAACAACAAUGUCGUGACGACCGGCAACAAAAACCACGCGGCCGUUGCUCUGCUACAAGAAUUACACCGGACCAACGCCGGAAAGAAGUUUAACAUCACUUCGGCCAAUCCUUUACUCGCAGAAAAACUGUUGAAUCCCGUGUCCCAACUGAACCCGAGUCUGAAUCAAAACUCAACGGACAUGUACAUGAAUCAAAAUAAAUACAUCAAGACCGAGCCGAUGUCAAUGAACGAUACAGGUAACGAAAAGGACGAGAACAUCGACUUCCUCGAUCAACUCCGGAUACCGGGCGGAACUGCUGUAGGAAAUCCGGCACCGGCUUCCGACCAUAUGCCGCCCAGGCAACAACAGUUGUCGUUCGCCUUGCCCCACGGUUUCCACCAUCACGCCGGUUCUUUGCCGCCCAGUCCCGCCGACUCUGGCGUGUCCGACGUCGACAGCAGCAGCAGCGGGCACACGUCUACCGACACCGAACUCAGAGCCCGGCUUCAACCGCACCAGUAUCACCACCAAGUGUCUUCUUGCGGCCGUCGCACCAGUCCGGACCCGGCCCUCAACGGCGCCCAAUGCCACCAACAACAGCAACAGCACCACCAGCAGCAGCAGCAGCAGCAGCAACACCACCAACAGGACCUGUUCUCCAGGAUAUACGGGGCGCCUCCCACGGGAGCUUACCACCCGAAUCCCGCUCCUUCGUCGUCGCCGCCCAAACAUCCGUUGUUCAUGCGACAACCAAACCAUCCAUACGGCGGCGUCACCGGUUACCCGUCAGCCACCGGCUACGGCUCAGUGAGCCCGACCGCGGCCGGUCACUUCGCCAUGCCGCCCUGCCCGUCGGCCACGGCGCUGUCCACCUCGGCGGCGGCGGCCCGCGGAUCCGUCAUACAAGCGGCGGCGGUCAACUGUUACCAACCGAACGCGGCCAACCUGAACGACCUGUACUACAUGGAUUUCGGAGCGCCGACGGCGGCCGCGGCCGCGGCUGCGGCGGCCAUGUACCACCAGAAGGCCAAGAAGAAGGCCAAGAAGCAGUACAACCAGAGGUCGACCGGGCUGAGCCCGUCGUUGUGCGGCAACGGCGUGCCGCAGACAGGCUGCCCGCCCACCGGUACCGGUCCGAAGAGGAAGAGCCGAGAAGGUUCCACUACUUACCUGUGGGAGUUCCUGUUGAAAUUGUUGCAGAACUCUGACUACUGUCCGAGGUUCAUAAAAUGGUUGAACAGGGAAAAGGGCGUGUUCAAGUUGGUCGACUCCAAGGCUGUGUCCAAACUGUGGGGAGAACACAAGAACAAACCUGACAUGAACUACGAAACGAUGGGCCGAGCUCUUAGGUAUUAUUACCAGAGAGGAAUAUUGGCCAAAGUCGACGGCCAGAGAUUGGUGUACCAAUUCGUGGACGUUCCUAAGGAUAUCGUGGAGAUCGAUUGCUCCGGGGCUUGAGUGACUCGAGUCCUUUUCGCCCACCCGAGUCACCUCUCAUUGUCUUUCUCUCGGUCGUCCUGUAGAAAAGAACGCCCCUCCCCCCCCCCCUCGGCACCACCGCGGCCAAUUGAAGAAACGCUCAUCUUUACCACGUUGCGUUUUAUCUUUUAUACAUAAACAUUUCAUACGUUGUAGUAUAUUCAUAAUAAACGUGUAACGCGUUCGUUUGUUAAUAUAAAAAUUGUUUAAAAAAAUAGACUAGCGUACAUCGUACAAACGACAACGAUGACAACGACAACGACCAAUGUAGUAAUUUAUAUUAAGCUAUAUAUAUAUAUAUAUAUAUUAUAUACGAAAAUAUUCGAAUAUUUAAUAAUUUAUUUAUAGUAUUAAAAUCCACGACGAUAAUAGCAAUAAUAGCAAUAAUAACGGUGAUUACGCUUAGAACAGCAAACUAAAUGUAUUUCAAUCUCUGGGAUUACAUACAACCCGGACAAAUACGUAAGAAUUGAAGUAAGUCAUUAUUAUUAUUAUUAUUAUUGCUAUGAUCGUCGUAAUAAUUAUUUUCAUCGUCAUCAUCUCAUCACUUUCAUUAUGUUAUUUUCACCAUAGUCGUCUGUGCGUGAGUGUGUUUGUUGUGUGUGUGUGUGUGUGUGUUUUAUGUACUUAUGCGUGUAAAGACUGACAAUAAUAAUUGAUUCGAAUGGUUUUUUUUUUUUUUUUUACAUUUUUAUUUUGUAUACAUUGUUUACAACGGAUACAAAAAAAAAAAUGAAAAACAAAAAAAAACGACGAAAAUAAUAUUUAUAAUAAUAUAAUAUAUUUUACUCGAUGGUUAUUGUUAGUUUGACCGAUCUCUACGUUUUUAGUGUGUAAAAAUAAUUUAUAAAAUAAAAAUACAAAUCUCGAAAUGUGUACAAACUAUUGUUUUUUU